UCCGAAUCAGCGCUGAUGAUUGUGACUUCAUUUUGUAACCUUAAUUCUGUAAUCACAUUUUACUUUAUCUCGUGCUUGUUGAGUGCCGUUUUUAUUUUUGUUUAACGAUUUUUUUUGAAGCCAUGAACCGAUACGAUCGCGCUUAUAGAGAUCCACGUUCUCCACUGACCCCAUUGACGCCGCUAGCUACACCCUCCUUUAACUUCGAUAGCGUUGGAUCGAACACGCCCAUCGCCGAGCCACAUAUGCAAAGGAAAAAUUCAUUUCGUGGUCUCAAACCUAGUCGGCUACUUUCAGCCCAUCCUCAACAACAACCAUCACGUCGCAGGGCCAGCACCCCUCAGAGGUUUUCGGAAGAUUUUAUGCGAACGCGAUCGGUUUUUUCACCGAACUCAUCGGCCAACUCCUCUGGGAGCCGAACACGGUCGACAAUUUCACAAGACUGUACAGCCAACAGCACAGGGAGCACAACUGGAAGGAACGUGACAACUGCCAGCAUGAGAUCAAUAUCGAAUAUAAUGGGUCACAGCGGAAGUAGCACCCGCAUAGAUACGGGCUGCAGCUAUGGUUCUACUAGUGGGCGAGAAUUCAAACAGGGCUCACCAGUGGAGCAUCCGACAUUGAGUCCCCGUGUGCGUUCCCUACUCAAUCGCACAGGAAAUAGUCACUUGACGGAGCUCUUUACGCGUCAGGAAAUUGAUAUUGAUGUGCUUAUACAGAUGACACUGGAGGAUUUGGAGGCGUUGGGAGUGAAGGGGGCUAAGGAGCUGAAACUGGCAAUGCAGGUCAUCCAGAUAGCGAAGAAAUUCUUUCGAAAAUAAUGAUUUUUGUUUUGUGUGUAUUUAAGAAUUGUAAGCCGACCCGCUUUUAUAUUUUGUGUUCGUGGCGGAAUAUGUGAUUUCUUCUUGUAUUGUCAAACUAGCAUUGCUAAGCGUAUUUUAAUAUAAUGAGAAAAUUAA